AACCCUCUGGAUCCGGGGCCACUCAUCUACUCCUGCCACUGCUCUUGACCUGUGCACGUACCCUGUGCUGAUUCUCUGCCUGAGAGAGGAUCAUGCAGCUGGAGAUCAAAGUGGCCCUAAACUUCAUCAUCUCCUAUUUGUACAACAAGCUGCCCCGGCGACGGGCAGACCUGUUUGGGGAGGAACUAGAGCGGCUUUUAAAAAAAAAGUAUGAAGGCCACUGGUACCCUGAGAAGCCAUUGAAAGGUUCUGGCUUCCGCUGUGUCCACAUUGGGGAGAUGGUAGACCCUGUGGUGGAGCUGGCUGCCAAGCGCAGUGGUCUAGCAGUGGAGGAUGUGCGUGCCAAUGUGCCAGAGGAGCUGAGUGUCUGGAUUGACCCCUUCGAGGUAUCCUACCAGAUUGGUGAGAAGGGAACUGUGAAAGUCCUGUACUUAGAUGACAGUGAGGGUGGUGGUACCCCAGAGCUGGACAAGGAGAUCAAGAGCAGCUUCAACCCUGAUGCCCAGGUGUUUGUGCCCAUCGGCAGCCAGGACAGCUCCCUGUCCAACUCUCCAUCACCAUCCUUUGGCCAGUCACCCAGCCCCACCUUUAUCCCCCGGUCUGCCCAGCCUAUUACCUUCACUACUGCCUCCUUUGCUGCCACCAAAUUUGGCUCCACAAAGAUGAAGAAGGGUGGUGGGCCAUCAAGUGGUGUAAGUGUGGCUGGGGGCGGGGCUAGUGGCCAGCAGCCACCACAACAGCAGCCUCGCAUGGCCCGCUCACCCACGAAUAACCUGCUGAAGCACAAGAGCCUUUCUUUGUCUAUGCAUUCACUGAACUUCAUCACAGCCAGUCCAGCCUCUCAGUCCCAGCUUUCACCCAAUGCCAAGGAGUUUGUGUACAACGGUGGUGGCUCUCCCAGCCUCUUCUUUGAUGGGGCAGAUGGCCAGGGCAACAGCACUUCGGCCCCCUUUGGGAGUAGUGGAGCUGGCACUUGCAACAGCAGCAGCUUUGAUGUGUCCCAGGUGUUCGGAGGUGGCACUAACAGCCUCUUCUUGGAGAAAACACCCUUCGUAGAAGGCCUCAGCUACAACCUGAACACCAUGCAGUAUCCCAACCAGCCCUUCCAGCCUGUCGUGCUGGCCAACUGACCGUCUUCCUGUCUGCCAGGCCAGGAGCACCCACGACCACAGAAAAGAGAAAGGAAAGGCCAAACAAAAGAGGAAAAGAGAACUGUACAAAAAGAUUCCAAUCUUCUCAUUCUCACAGCUAGGAAAAAGAUCCGCCCAGGCACAGAGUAGGAGGGGGCUUCCAAAGCACAAAGUUGUGUGUAACUCAGCCCCCAACUAUUUUCCUGCCUGCCCCUGAUUUCAUUUGGUUGGUUUGGGUUUUGGGUUUUUUGAGUUUUUUUGUUUUGUUUUGGGUUUUUUGUUUUGUUUUGUUUUUUGUUUUUAUUUUGUUUUUUGUUUUGUUUUUUUGUUUUUUGUUUUU